ACGCUGCUUUUAGUGCUCUGUUGUCAUGUGCUGAAGAGAGUAUGGCCAGCUAGCUAUCACUGGACUUAUCGAAAAGUAUUUGAACACUUUUGCGAAUUACCAGCUGGUGCUUAAAUACUUAUCAAGCCUGUCCACGUUGAGAAAUAAAAGAAUAUAGCGACAGCUUUGACUGAAAAUGCGAAGGGAGCCAGUGUUAGCUAAGUACCGUUAGCUUAGCAAUUUCCCCAUAGGAAUGGCAGACAAAAAAGAGAAAACAUUCAGAUUUGUGAUCGUGGGAGGUGGCAUCGCCGGUGUGACAUGUGUUGAGCAGCUGUCAUCCCAGAUUCCGUCAGCUGAAGUGGCUCUGAUUACAGCAGGUCCCCAUAUCAAGGCGGUGACCAACUAUAAACAGGUGUCCAGGACGCUGGAAGAGUUUGAUGUGGAGGAGCGAUCAUCCAGUGUUUUAGAGGAGAAGUUUCCCAACCUUACUGUCAUCCACUCUGCUGUCAAAUCACUUAACACACAGUCACAUUUUGUGGAAACAGCAGAUGGACGGGUUUUUGGAUAUGAGAAGCUGUGUAUCUGCAGUGGGGGCAGACCCAAACUCCUAACCCAGGACAACCCUUAUGUCCUGGGGAUACGGGACACAGACAGCGCCCAGGAGUUUCAGAAGCGGUUAUCCAAAGCAAAGAGAAUUGUUGUUGUUGGCAACGGAGGGAUUGCCCUUGAAUUAGUAUAUGAAGUGGAGGGCUGCGAGGUGAUCUGGGCUGUGAAGGACAAGGCCAUAGGAAACACCUUCUUUGACGCCGGCGCGGCACAGUUCCUCAUUCCGUCAUUGGAGGCGGACAAACCACAAAGAGCUGCUUCCUGUAAGAGACCUCGCUACACCACAGAGGAACCAGCACCCGGAGCACCCCAGACCUUCACAGCAGAUAGAAACGCUCGAAAGCAGGGUUCUGGUGCUACAGAGGCUGGCAGUGCCCUUGGCCCAGACUGGCAUGAAGGACUAGUUCUUCAAGGAGCAGAGCAGGUGUCCCGCAGAGUUUCACUGGAAUACCAGUGUGAAGUGGAAAAGAUCUUCACCUCUGAGGAGCUGCUCAGUUCCCCUCAGAAAACGCUCAGACCCGAGAAUGAAGGAUCCUGGCCAGUUUACAUCCAGCUCACCAACGGCAAAACAUUUGGCUGUGAUUUUGUUGUUAGUGCCACUGGUGUCGUGCCGAACACUGAGCCAUUUCUCCAUGGUAACAAUUUUGCUAUCGCAGAUGAUGGCGGCCUGCAAGUAGACGACCACAUGAUGACAUCAGAGCCAGAUGUGUAUGCAGCAGGAGAUGUGUGCACUGCAUGCUGGGAACACAGCCCGAUGUGGCAGCAGAUGCGUUUGUGGACGCAGGCCCGUCAGAUGGGCUGGUACACCGGCCGCUGCAUGGCGGCGCAUGUCCUGUCUGAGCCAAUAGAGCUGGACUUCUGCUUCGAACUCUUUUCACACAUCACCAAAUUCUUCAACUACAAGGUGGUCCUGCUGGGGAAGUUUAAUGGGCAGGGGCUGGGGCCCGACCAGGAGCUGCUGGUGCGCGUCACCAAAGGCCAGGAGUACGUCAAGGUUGUCCUCAGUGGAGGUAGGAUGGCGGGAGCGGUGCUGAUCGGGGAAACAGAUCUGGAGGAGACCUUUGAGAACUUGAUCCUCAACCAGAUGGAUCUGACCCGGUACGGCGAGGACCUUCUUAACCCUGACAUUGACAUAGAGGACUACUUUGAUUGAGCGUUCGGGGUGUGAUACAGGAAUACAUGGAGCCUUAAGAAUGUCUGAUGGCAUGAGAAAGAAAUGUGGUUUCUAUCAUCUCUAAGUUAAUGGGUGUGUCGGAUUUUUAGGGGCAAUGAGAAACAGCUGUCUGAUGAAGUUGUAGCAAUUAUUUGGUUGAUGUUAAAGGGAAACUGUACCAAUUUUCACUAGCUCUGUGUCAUCGCAGUGUGUACAAAUGAACGUUGUUUGGCCUCCACCCCUGCUGCUAGUGCUUGCAUCAUGGGUGAAAGCCAGAUACUGUUUUUCUGCACUCGUGGUGCAUUUCAUUUGCACUUAGAAAGCAGAAGUUUUGAAUUCUCAGUCACAUAAUCUUAACUGAAAUGUCCCCUGAAGUCUUGGGGUUGUUGAGUUGGAUGAACCUCACCAACCCCGACCUCAAAAUGCAGGAUGGCUGUUCCACGCAUCAACAGUAGUGAAAGCUGUAGCAGUAAAAUGUUAAUUAGCACUUUUCUCUUAUUUGUGUCUCACUAAAACAUUCAUACACACGCUAUUGCCCAACUUUUACAUGUGGACAUGUUGCUAUGGUGCUUGAAUGCCCAAAAUAUGAUUUAAUGCGUUAUUAUCACAAGGUGCCCAGUGACCCUUAAAAAGUCUUAGGGUAUUGAAUUCAUUAAUCUAAAAACAAGGCCUUACUUUGAAUGAAAUUGGCUUAAAUUAAAAUUUCAAAAGUCUUUCAGACAUGCGAAGUGGGAUUUUUUGAAUUGUUUUUUUCUGGCUUUGCAUUGA